UGAAUUGUCCCACAGCUGCAUUUAAAUCACGACAUGUGAAGGUUGUCCUGCCAUGGCGGAAAUAGACCCAACAGCAGCUGAGGCGCUCGAGAAAGCGGAAGCUGGAACGUUGCCGACUGUAGCUGACACACCUGGAAGUGAUCCAGAUGCAGCCAAGCCUGAGGUUCCACAGUCUGAGGAGGCAGUUGAGAAAGCAGAAGCUGGAACGUUGCCGACUGUAGCUGACACACCUGGAAGUGAUCCAGAUGCAGCCAAGCCUGAGGUUCCACAGUCUGAGGAGGCAGUUGAGAAAGCAGAAGCUGGAACGUUGCCGACUGUAGCUGACACACCUGGAAGUGAUCCAGAUGCAGCCAAGCCUGAGGUUCCACAGUCUGAGGAGGCAGUUGAGAAAGCAGAAGCUGGAACGUUGCCGACUGUAGCUGACACACCUGGAAGUGUUCCAGAUACAGCCAAGCCAAAGGAUUCAAAAGAGGCUAGUGAGAUAGCUGAAAGUGGAUUUGUGCCGACCGCGCCUGAAAAAUCUGGAAGUGUUCCAGUUUCUGCCACACCGAGUCCAAACUCGGAGGGACUCGAGAAAGUGCAAGCUGGAGCAUUGCCAAAGAACGUGUCCAAGAGUGUUGAUUCUUCCAUGCCAAAGCUUCAGGAGCGUAGCGAAGCCACACACCGUCCUGGAGGAUCAGCACAUCCUCAAGCCCAAGGACACCCAGCUGCUACCCAGCCCCUCCUGCAGGAGCCCAGCGAGAGAGUGGUCGUUUCGCGUGCUGAGGUGGCUGAAGCCUUGGAGGAUAUGCGUCAGUAUGGCGCCUCAUUGGUCCAGCCAGUCACAGAAGCGGUCCAGGCCACAAGGGCGCAAGGCGCAUCGGUGUUGAAGCAGGGUGCGGAAGCCGCGGAGGUGGCACGACAGAAAGCCGAGGCCUUGCGUAAAGCGGGCGCGGAUAUGGCCCAGAGCUCGGCAGAGAUGUGGCAUCAGGGAACUGAGGUAGCGCGGGCGAAUUGGCAGCAUGGGGCAGAGGCCUGCCAGCGUGGCUUGCACGAGGCGUCAGAAGCUUGGCGUUCGUCAGCGCCCUAUCUGGACAAGGGCAUUCUUCUGGUGAAUUUGGCAAUGGCAAUGACCAUUGGAGGUUUCAUCAUCAUCGGCAUCAUGUUGGUGUGCAUCCCUUUGAAACCAGAGCGUACCCACCAUGGUGCGCUUGACCGGAUGUUCUGGGUGACGCAGGGUUUGUACCUCAUUGCCUUCAGCGUCCCAGCAUUGGUGGCAACAGUACAGUGUGGUGUUCUUCGAAAUGGUUUUGAGAGCUGGCCCCCCUGGAUGCGGGUUGAGCUGUGGCUGGGGAUAUUGAAAUUUCAGCUGGGGCGAGCUGUGUUUUUUAUUGGAGCUGGAUUCUACAUCUUUCCAGUGAUGGACAAUUUCGGGCUCAUGGCCAAAGUACAGCUGUGGACCGUGAUUUUGUCCUAUUUCUUAGGCUGGGUGAUAUGACACCGCUGCAGCUGUGGUCUCCAACAUGUGAACAUGAACGAGCCCCUCAAUGACAGGUAUCGUCUCCUUGCUCUCGGGUUUUUUCUUGCUGAUUUUCGACGUCGUGCUUUCUGUGCGUCUGAGAAACUUUGUCACUUUGAGGGACAGGCCAUGUACGGAAAAGUCCAGCAAACUGAGUAGACGGAGCUGUGCCAGAGCUGAACGGAACUGAACAGCAGAUCCGGAGCUGUUUCAAUUGACUCGGGGGAAGUGGAAAGGAAGUUUCCGCAGCGGCACUAGCUGGAUUUGAUGAGUCACUCUGAGUCUGUCUACUGGAAG